CUAACAACAAUGGCGCUGUCGGGAAAGGUUAUACUCGAUCCGACAUGAACAUUGGUGCCACAUCAACCUUUGGCAGAUUGGUCAAAUCUGCUGCAAAAGUGAGUUUAUCUGAUUAGGCUAUGAUCGGAUUAGAUGGCCUUGAUAUGAUUUKCCUUGGCUUGGCUUGUUUGAUUGCUGUGUUUACCCUUUGUUGCAGCACGAUGCACAACUCCACACCGUACACGACUUGCUUAUAUUCKGUGCGCCUCAUUGAUUCUUGGCUUAUUUGUUAUUUCGUUCUAAAACUGCAGAGUAUCAACAACCGUAAUCCAACGACGACGACCGACAGAAAAGAGUCGGUUGACGAAGAAGGGGUCAUCCAAGGUGUCUUGAUUUAUGGGUAUCUACAAAAGCUUAAUCGAAACGGCAAAUGGCAAACUCGAUGGUUCGAAACCGAUGGAGAGUGUCUGACGUAUUUCAAGUCKAGCAAACGCAUCAAACUGCUAGCAUCCCUGGACCUCGCCAAGGUGGGAUCGAUCAUAAUCAACAAAGAAGAUGAAAACGGCUGUGGCUUUACAAUCAACAUUGCAAAACGACCAUACCAUUUGCGAGCAGAUUCUAAAACAGCGAUGAAUGACUGGGUGAUUACACUAAACCGUGUAAAAGAGG